AUGAGGACCUCAGUCGUUGCCACCGCGGUUUUCUCCAGCGUCGCUGCUGCAAAGGGGAGCUGGGGCUCCGGGGGAAGCUACCCGCCUUAUGCCUCGAAAAACUGCCCAUUCAUCCCUGCUGAUGACCAAUUCGUUCUCUUUGCCGAAGACAUUCAGACGGUCUCACAAGUCAAGGCAGACCAAGCCUUCCUGAGGUCGCAAGAUCUCUACGUCGAGACCGCCUACGAUCUGGCCACUGCUUCUCAAUUCACCAUCCCCGACUUCGCUGCCGGUGCCAACUGCUCCUUGAACCUGGCAGUCCCCAGCCCCGAUCAGAUCUAUGGUGAUCUCUCCCAGAUCAUCUUCAGUGGUGGCGGGAACUUGAACUUCUCUCAACUGCAGAACGAACUUCCGAGCUCUGGCUUGACGUUCAACACCCUCGGAAACCUCCAAAACGUCGGGGUCCAGAAAGUGAUCCCGGGCAAACUGCUCACCCUCGUCCCCAGCUUCCCCUGCCCACCUCCUGGCACCGUCCUCCCCGGAAUCAUCCAAUCUAUCGACACCACACUUGUUAUGCGCGACACUGUGGGACCAGUCUGCCUCUCGGGUCUGUUCGUCUUGAUUGAGCCUGUUGGAAACCCGCCAAGCCCACCCGCGGCUUCCAGCACGAGCGCAUAUAAGACGACCAGCUACACUGGAAGCUAUACCGGCACCUAUAGCACCAACAGCGUUUCUGCCACUUACAGCAGCAAAUGGGCGGCUUGA